AUGGGAAUAACUGACGGCUGGGAGCUGGCCGCCGGCUACACGCAGCCAAUCUCGAUCACAGCGCUGAGAGGGGCCCGGAUUGCGAUCGAUCUACCCCUCGUCAUCAAGCAGCUCGAGGCCGGCAGCAAUGAUUUGGUGCGGGGAUUGCUGCGGAGGACGCUGCAUUUGAUGGCCCACGGAAUUCGGCCAUUGAUGGUUUUUGAAGGGGCGAGUGUGGCAGUGGAGAAGCGUAGAACACAGUUAGACCGUCAAGUAACCGCCUCCACCUGUUCGCAACUCCCUCGGGACACCAAAUUGAAGCUGAAGCGCGCGGCGAAAGAAUACGUGGCGAGUCAAGGCCAACCAGCCAACUCUUCAUUGGACGACAGCGACGAUGUGAUAAUUCUGGAGAGUGAUGAUGAGGACCACGGCGAGGAAAAGAUACUGGAAAUGGACGAGGACGAUGCGCUGACGGCUUUCAUCCUUGAUUGCCUGAGGGACGAAGACGAGGCGUCCAACUCUUCAGAAAUGGUUGUGCCGUUUAAAAAGCCGAGAUCAGCGCUGGACAACGACGCCGUGGCCGACGAAGACUACGUAGAAGAUACGGAUGACAAGCGCAGAGAGGAGUGCCACAAUUCGUUGUACAACUUUUUGGAAACGAGACGAUUGAAAGACCUCGGCGUCGACCCGGCGAACAUGGCGAUGGUCGGCAACUUCAAGAAGCCCAUGCAUUUGUCGCCGAGCAAGAAGGGCCCGUCGAAGCUGACUGCCGGCUCGUCUUGGGAGAGCAAGUCGAGGGCGAUUGAAGACGUGAUGACGGGGCUGCACCAGCGCGAUGCCAUAAAAUCGUCACGCGAAAGUGGGCUCGACAACUGGUCCUCGUCCUCCGAAGACGACGAGUGGGAAGAAGUGAAAACCGAGCCGAAGCCCUCAACCUCAAAGGCAGAACAUGGAGAAGCAGAGGCGGACGAUAAAAAUUGGGUCCCAAAUCAUCCUGAAGCACUACUCGAGCGCCCAGAUUUGCCGGAUUCUGAAGCCGGACAGCGAGUAACUGGCCAAUACUCGGAUUUGAAGACUCUUUUUGCUCUGCUCGGCAUCCCGUUCAUCGAAGCGCCCGGCGAAGCGGAGCACCAGUGCGUCCAAUUGGUCAAGGAUCAACUAUGCGAUCUCGUCUACACCGAAGAUUCCGACCUGCUCGCGCUCGACGGCGUGCCGAUGGUCAGAAAACUUUUCACGGGAGAGCCAAGACUUGUGGAUUUGGGCGGAUUGAAGAAACUGGGCAUCGUCCCUGGCGUGGCUCGCGUCGCUGCCCUCAUCGCUGGAUGCGAUUAUCGCGAGGGACUUCCCGGAUUCGGAAUCUCGAACGCCGUCAAAGCGCUGAUCAGCUUCAUACCGGACAUCGAGAGUGUUGACAAAGAGUCUAUAGACGAGAAAUUCUGCACGCGAGCGGUCAGCUGGGUGGAAGCCAUCGAGGCAGAGGAGGAGCCGGAAGCUGCGGCUCGGGCUGAGGGAAAGUUGCGCGCCCGGUUCUACCAAGCCAUUUUGAAGUCGGACAAGUCAUUGCUGAGCCCGGUAGUCGCCUACAAAAAUGUCAAGACCGAUGUGUCGAUGGCGAAAGCCAAGUGGGGAAAAAUGCGCGUCGACCCGCUGCUGGCUUUCAUUGUGGCCAAGACGAAGCGCACCAUGCAGGAGACAAAAAUCGAGCUGGCGCCGGUGCGGCGACGAUGGGACAAGCACGUCGACUUUGGAUUCCCGGUCCUCAAACUGCCCACCGUCACGCCCACCGAACCGCGACGCGAAGAUGUAAAGACGUUGUACAAAGUGCUUUCGAAGAGUGCGAUUGUUGCA